AUCCUCCUUGUCUUUUCGAAUCUGAGACCUCCUGGGCAGCGCAAGCUACGAUCCAGGCUAUGUAGGCAUUUUAUGUUCCACAAAAAACCAAGGCUAGAGGGCCAUGUAUGGAAGCUUUCUCCGCACCGUUUAGUCCGCCGGGGCCCCAGGCAGACUGAACUUAACCCUUUGUGUUGUGGACGAUCCAUUCCGACGCGCCCACGAACUCCCAUUGCAUUCCAAAACAAUGAACAUCAAGGAAAAUCAGAAAAGUAACAGUCCCAGGAGUCGUGGAUCCUUUCUUCGCCCGUGAUAUAAAUCAUGGCUUGAUCCUCUGGGAGCAAUUGUUCUUAUUCUGCAUCCCGCCAUCCGCAACCUCUUGCAUCUACCAAAUCGCUUGAUCUUCGCCAUGCAUUUCUCCAGCCUCCUCGUCGCCUCGGCCCUCUGCCUGACCCCAGCCGUUUACGGCUACGGCGUGGCACAAGUCACAGUGAAGUCCCACGAAGAUUGCGACCCUGGCGCUCCCCCCAAUGACAAGCUUAUUGGAGAUGCCGAAACCACCUACGCCACCGAAGAUACAUGCGAAAAGGCCAAGAUCUCGCACAGCCUGUCAAUCGAUGCUUACUCGGUGAGCCUCCAAGACGUCACCAAGGAUACCUCUGAGCGUUGCCAUGGUCUGGGUGUCUAUGCCAAUGACGAGUGCAUUGGCGUGCCCAACGCAGUGGUUCCUUUCUACCCGGGACAGGAGGAUGCCGAGAGCGGGUGCAUCCCGGAUGACCCGUUCGACAAAUACGUCUACGUCCGGCUGCUGUGUGAUGGGGGUGACGGUAACAAGGAUGACCUACAGAAGGUGGAAUCGCACAACCCUGCCGAAGACCUCGCCAACGACCCCAACGAUACCCAGGACAAUGGCAGCGGCAAUAUCCUCGGCGGACUUGGUCUCGGUCUGUAGACUGGUCAAGGUGUGAGCGAUAGCCAUGUGCUGGACAUGUACGGGUUGAAGCGGAG